AUGAAGACGGCCAUAAGCAAAAUGGCUAUCGGAGGAUUAGCUCUUGACGUUACCGGCGCCGGCGGCAAUAUAGACGCCAAGAUCACAGCUGCGGUUGUCAUGACAUGCAUUGUGGCCGCCUCAAGUGGUCUCAUCUUUGGCUACGACAUUGGAAUCUCAGGGGGUGUGACGACGAUGAAGCCGUUUCUUGCGAAAUUUUUUCCAUCGGUUCUUAAAAAAGCUUCGGAAGCUAAGACAAACGUCUAUUGCGUCUUUGAUAGUCAACUUCUAACGGCCUUCACAUCAAGUCUUUAUAUCGCCGGCCUAGUCGCUUCUUUAGUGGCUAGCCGUCUCACGGCGGCGUACGGUCGCCGCACCACCAUGAUUCUUGGCGGUUUCACUUUCCUCUUUGGUGCCGUCAUUAAUGGUUUAGCUGCCAACAUCGCUAUGCUCAUCUCUGGUCGGAUAUUGCUUGGAUUUGGUGUUGGCUUCACUAACCAAGCGGCUCCGGUAUAUCUAUCGGAGGUAGCACCGCCGCAAUGGCGUGGAGCUUUCAACACCGGCUUUCAAUUCUUCAUCGGAGUCGGAGUCGUAGCAGCCAAUCUGAUCAACUACGCCACCGCCAACCACCAUAACGGCUGGCGUAUCUCACUCGGUCUGGCAGCUGUACCAGCCGCGAUCAUGACCGUCGGAUGUCUACUCAUCUCCGACACACCUUCUAGCCUCUUGGCGCGUGGUAAACACGAUCACGCUCGCUCGUCCCUGCUUAAUCUACGUGGUGCCAGAAACAGAGCUGACGUGGAAGCCGAGCUAGCAGAGCUGGUUAAGUCGAGCCAGUUAACUUUGGAAGCUAGAGCCGAGCCGUUUAGGACGAUACUGGAGAGACGGUACAGGCCUCAGCUUGUGGUUGCUGUGGCGAUACCUUGUUUUCAACAGUUAACCGGGAUUACGGUGAAUGCGUUCUACGCUCCGGUUCUCUUCCAAUCGGUUGGGUUUGGUUCUGCUGCGGCUCUUAUUGCGACGAUAAUACUUGGGUUGGUUAACCUCGGUUCGAUUCUAGUUUCAACCAUGCUGGCAGUGGCUGCGUUGCUAGCGGCGACGGUGGGAGCCGCCGCAGACGGAGAGAUGACGAAAGGCUACGCCGUGACGGUGGUGGUGUUGCUAUGCAUAUAUGCAGCUGGGUUUGGUUGGUCGUGGGGCCCACUGAGCUGGCUGGUCCCAAGCGAGAUAUUCCCGCUCAAGUUGCGUCCAGCUGGUCAGAGCUUAAGCGUCGCCGUGAACUUCUCCGCAACGUUCCUUCUCUCUCAGACGUUCCUUGCGACUCUCUGCGGUUUCAAGUACGGUGCUUUCUUGUUUUACGGCGGUUGGAUCUUGUUAAUGACGCUAUUCGUCGUGAUGUUUUUGCCGGAAACUAAAGGGAUCCCUGUGGAUUCUAUGUACCAAGUUUGGGAGAAGCAUUGGUUCUGGCGACGGUUUACCAUUAACCAUAUAAUUUAAACCUUGGGAAACAAAAAAAGAAGAUUUCAUAGUUUUGUUGCAUCUUUCAUUGACAUUAACUAAUUAUAUUUCUUACUUAGAUUUAAAUUAAAAGAUACAAUUAUAUAUAUGGAUCAAAUUAGCAUCGUAUAUGUGUAUUCUGACCAGAAUCUUUCUAUUGUUGUGUUUUCGUCUUUGUGAUUAUAUGGUUAUUCUCUAUUUGGUA